AGUAAAAAAAGAAAAGAAAAAAUAGAAGAACAAGAACAAGAAAAAUAUCAGUGAAAAGGACAAAACCCUCAGCAAAACCCUUUCUUGAACUGUGACCGGUGAAAGCCCUAACUCUGGAAUUUGGUGGAUGGCUGCAAUGGCUUCUCGUUAUAGAUCUAUUUCGCAACCAGCAUUGUCCUUUAUCAAAUCCACCAUCACAAAACCAGCUUCCAAGCCCACAGCCUCAGCUUUUCUUCUCAAAACUCGUUCUCCGGUUACGGCCAGGCGGGUGGGUGGGGAGCUCGGUUGCGUGCAGUCGCUGCUUCCGCUGCACUCGGCGGUGUCCUCGGCGCGCCUCACUUCUUGUCUAGGCAUCGAUUCGAGUAGGUCGAGGUCGUUGUCCCAGGGUAUGCUCUGCAGUGCCAACCCCGGAGUUUGAUUUCUCCAAUUCUUUUUUACCCCUUUUUUCUCUAAAUGGGUCUCAGCACCCCGCGAUAAGAGGUUUUGAAGACUAUAUUAUUGAUGGGCAGAUUAGAGACAUUAUUUGCUUUGCAGGGAUGCUCUACAUGUUAACUGUUUUCAAGUUUUCUAGACACUUCACUAUAUCAAGUAUAUUGGGAGAAUCCUUUGAACUUCUUGUGUCUGUUGCAACGGUUCCCAUAAAAUGUUUGAUCAUUCCAGUGCAAAUUGUAUCAGAUCAACCUAUGCCAACCUCAGUUGGUGAAUAAAAAACAAAAAAAUUUCUGAUUCA